AUUUUUGUGUUUGACUUCUUUUUUCUAUUUUCCGUCGAUAUUGUGAGAUAUUUCAAUUUAAAGUGCAGUUUGACUAAUUCGUGGAAGUGUCUCAAUUUCAUUAUCGUACCUGUUUCAUUGAAUAAGUAAUAAUUGUUACCAAGAAUCAUGUCUAUUCAGUGGACAUUUAUCGCCGGCUACCUGUACUUCGAAAUUGCGAUAGUGGCGAUAUUGAUGCUGCCCAUCGCCAGUCCGCGACGAUGGCAGCAAUUCUUCAGAUCGCGGCUGUUUGCCAUGUUCCGCGAGCAUGCAGCCGUUUACUUCUACGUUCUACUUGGCGUACUAAGCUUAUUCCUGUUGGAUUCUGUCAGGGAGAUGAGGAAAUACUCACAUGCUGAUAGCCACGGACAUCUCUCGACCGAAAUGAAAGGCAACGUAAAACUUUUUAGAUCUCAGCGAAACUUCUACAUCACUGGUUUUGCUAUUUUCUUGGCAUUUGUCAUUAGGCGCCUUGUUACUAUGAUAUUGAUACAAGCUGAGCUGUUGGAAAAGUCAGAAAGGAUCAUUAGAGAAGCAGAAACUGCGAAGGACUUCGCAAAGACUACUGUAUUGACACAGGCUCUGCAGUCCGCUGGGGAUUCAAACAAUUUGGAAAAUUUGGAAAGGUUAUUGCUUGACGAGCAAAACCGAGUCAAAGAGUUGGAGGAGGAAGUAACAUCUUUGAAAGAGCAGCUGAAUGAAGCAAAAUGCAAAUUGGCUGAAAAGAAGUCUGAAAUUGAAUAAGCAUGAAAAAGUCUGUGAUUGAAGAUGCUGGAAUAAUGUUAACUAAAUGCCUAACUUUAGUAUGUGAUUAGAGGUUUACUUGAAACAUAUUUAAAUUUUAAUAAAACCUAGUCAUAAUACCUGUAAAAUGUAAUGUAGAUAUUCAAAAAAACAUUAAGGUUAAAAGUAUGAUUUUAAAAACUAAGAACAUAGUUGGAACAAUGACUGAGUAAUUAAUUAAAAAUUAGAUCUUAUCAAAUUAUCACCUUUUAGACAAAUGUUGUAGUUUCAAAUUCUAUGAACAAUGAAUAUUUUUGUUAAAACUAAACUAACAAUAAAUUAUGAUUUUAAAUUUUGUAUUAAUAAGUUGUUUAAGUGUUCUGCUCUCUUAGCUUAAAUUAUUAACAUAUUCGGUGCCAGCAUGUACUAGUACUACGCAAUUUGAGCAUAAAGUCUAGAAAACUGUUUUCAAUAAAUCCUUUUUUUAACAA